GGAGAGGAGUGUGGUGUUGUGAAGAGGAGAGAGGGAGAGAGACGAUGUAUGGAUGAGGAUGUUCGGAUGGAAGCUUUCAUGUGAAGCAAGCCGGGGUUUGUACUGAGAUGUACACAGCGAGUGAUGGAUGCUUCGGUUGACGUCACAUCCAUCCUAAAAAUCAACAUCCGAUUCGAUAUCACAGCAAAAUCGGGAGGAACACUCGAUGCGAAAAGAUAUAAAAAUGGCAGCAGAAAACAUAGAAGAGCAAGUCGAUGACUUCCCCUGGCAUAUCGGCGUCUAUGACGCGCACUGCCACCCAACAGACACAAUGUCAUCCAUCGCAUCAAUCCCAGACAUGAAGGCUGCCGUCCUGACAGUCAUGGCUACCAGAGCCCAAGACCAAGAACUCGUAGAGCAAGUAGCAAGUAAACACGGCGUGAAGUCACAGCCUCCAGACUCAGCACACGGCGACGGCAAGGUCGUGCCGUGUUUUGGCUGGCACCCCUGGUUUUCGCACCAGCUGUUUGACGAAAGCGUGUACGGCGGCGACAGCAAGGAGACUCUCACGCCAGAGGAGAAACAGCAGCACUACAAGACCGCAAUCACGACGAAGAAUGCUCAGAGUCUCAGUGACGAGGACCAGGACAUGCUCGCGUCCUUUCCCGACCCAAAGCCGCUAUCCCAAUUCAUAGCCGAGACGAGGAAACGCCUGGAGACAUUCCCUCAAGCCCUCGUCGGCGAAGUCGGACUAGACAAGGCGUUCCGCAUCCCAUACCCCUGGGCGCCAGACCAAGAAGGCCAGAGAAACGACACACUGACCCCCGGCGGCCGCGAAGGGCGGCGAUUAUCGCCGUAUCACGUCGACAUGGAGCACCAGAAGAAGGUGCUUCUCGCGCAGCUACGGCUCGCGGGAGAGAUGCGCAGAGCGGUCUCCGUGCACGGCGUGCAGGCACAUGGCGUUCUCUUCGAGACCAUCAAGCAGACCUGGACCGGGCACGAGAGACACGUCCCCAGUAAACGGGAGCGAAAGCGGCAGAAGGAGCAUCCGCAAGCGGUUCAUGCGGAUGAUCAUCAGGGGGAGAACAUACAAGGCCAGACCGAGGAGGUGACGUCGAGACCUUUUCCUCCGCGAAUAUGCCUGCAUUCGUAUUCUGGUAGCGCGUCUAAUAUAAAGCAAUACUGGGACCCCAAGAUCCCUAUUGAUUUCUAUGCUUCGUUCUCGACGGCAAUCAACUUUGCGGAACGCGAGACGCCAAAGAGAUCCGGUAUCGAAGAUGUCAUCCGGGCUGUUCCGGACGACCGGAUCCUUGUUGAGAGCGACCUGCAUACGGCGGGCGAUAUAAUGGACGAGCAUUUGGAAGACAUGGUCAGGACGUUGUGUACUGUUAAACGGUGGCCGGUUCAUGACGGCGCGCAGAGGCUCAAAGCUAACUGGAUGGCGUUUGUGUAUGGUACUGGAAAAUGAUUGCCUUUACAUACAUUGUGCUCAUGUGUAGGCACACCUGUGAAUAUUAUUUUCCAGUCUGCUCUGUUGAAGUCAGGUAAAUUUAUACCCGAAGGUUCCUCCCGAGUAAAUACCUACCGUCCAACAUCUUUAGUGCAGACAGGUCUUGGGGACGCGAUACAUCAUACGAG